UAAAUUUGGAGCCUCUCUGCCCCCCGUCGAAUUCCCCAGAGUGCCCCCUCGCUACCACUGCAAAUACGAGAUGAACCCAGGGGUAGUUUGGUCCAAGGGCAUCUCGGUGUCAAGGCCCCCACCCAAUCGCAGCGCUCUCCCUGCCGUCUCCAUCCGUUCUUCCGCGGCGAUGCGGAGCAGCAGCCAUGGAGGCAGUGCUCAGCUCCAGCCGCUUCUUCUCUAGCGCCUUCCCAACCCUCCUCCUGGAGCACACCGUCCCCAAACCUCUCGACCCCCCGCGCCGCCGCCGCGUACGGACCCUAUCCUCCGCCGAUGCCUCCGCGCCGUCGCCAUCGUGCUCGUCCAUGCCGGCGCCAGUUUGUCCGCCCUCUUCGAAGCUCUCUCGGCUUCUCUGCGCGGCGCUUCGAGGAGGCCGCGCGGGCGGGGAGCAGCUCCCGGACCUCGCGGCGACGGCGGGGGUGGUCGCAGGCGGCGGGAUUGGCGGAGGAGGGGCUGGGAUUGGGACGCUGCUGAUGAGCACGACGGCGGCGGCGGUGACCAAGGCGCGGGAGAGCCCGUACCUGCUGGCGCUGGCGGCGAACCCGACGUUCGUGUCCGGGGUGGUGGCGUUCGCGGCGGCGCAGGCCGCCAAGGCCGUGCUGGCCUCCGUGGUGGAGCGGCGGUGGCGGCCGCGGAUGCUCUUCAGCUCAGGGGGCAUGCCCUCCUCGCACUCGGCGCUCUGCACCGCGCUCACCGCCUCCGUCGCGCUCUGCCACGGCGUCGGGGACUCGCUCUUCCCCGUCUGCCUCGGCUUCAGCCUCAUCGUCAUGUACGACGCCACGGGCGUCAGGCGCCACGCCGGGAUGCAGGCCGAGGAUUUUGUGGGAUACUGGGAUGGAUGCAAAUUCAAUUAACGAGGACAUCGCCUACGAAAUCUGAGUUAUAUAAUGAUCUUGAUGAACAUUUGUAAUUUAGGGUGGUAAUUUUUUGUCGAAUGCUAGACCUUUAAGCUGAAGGCAAUACUGAGAAUAUUCAGUCAUUGGUCGUUUGAGGUGACCAGGAGUAGUUUUAUUUACUCUCAUUACUUGCAUGGUUUCAUAUUUAAGCAGUAUGUCUAAUCAUUCCCCUUGAACCAAUGAUUGUAUUAUGUGUACACAACCUGAAGUUUGAGAGUGUAUUUCAGAACAGGGACCAUGAUUUAUCAUCAUUAUGGAACAUUGUGGUCUUAUAUAGUAGAUUAUUUACAGCU